AUACUCCUUUUCAUUUAGACUGGUUUGGGGCUCGCUUGCUGUUGUGAUUUGACCUUUAGUUAUAGAUUUAUAAAACAUAAAAUGGGAGAUACAAAAUUAUAUGAUCUGUUGGGUGUUUCACCAAAUGCUUCAGACUCUGAAAUUAAAAAGUCUUACCGUAGGCUUGCCAAAGAAUACCAUCCAGACAAAAAUCCCCAAGAAGGAGAAAGAUUUAAAGAGAUCUCCUUUGCAUAUGAAGUGUUGUCAGAUUCAAAGAAGAGACAGAUUUAUGACAGUUAUGGAAUUAAAGGCCUACAAGAAGGUCAUCAUGUAGAUGGAUUUUCUGACGAUAUAUUUUCUCACUUAUUUGGAGGAGGUCUAUUUGGGGCUAUGGGAAUGGGGUUUGGUGGUGGUGGCCGUCGACGGAAACAGAAAGGAGAUGACACAAUCCAUCCGUUGAAGGUUUCCCUAGAAGACCUGUACAAUGGAAAAACAGCAAAGCUACAACUUAGUAAAAAUGUAAUUUGUUCUACUUGUAAUGGGGAAGGAGGGAAACAUGGAUCUUCUCAGACUUGUCGAGCUUGUCAUGGACAAGGUAUUAAAUUAACUCUUCGGCAGCUUGGGCCAGGGAUGGUCCAACAGAUGCGGUCUGUAUGCCCUGACUGUAGAGGAGAAGGAGAAGUGAUUAAAGACAAAGAUCGCUGUAAGGUCUGUAGGGGUAAUAAAGUAGUAAAUGAGAAGAAAAUAUUAGAAGUGCAUGUGGAUAAAGGAAUGCGAGAUGGACAAAAGGUACAAUUUAGAGGCGAAGGGGAUCAAAAGCCAGGAAUGGAACCUGGAGAUGUGGUCAUUGUGCUCCAAGAGAAACCUCAUCCACAUUUCCAGAGGAACGGUAACGAUUUGUAUAUGAACCACAAAGUUAAUCUCACUGAAGCACUUUGUGGAUUUUGUAUUGCUAUAAAGCACUUAGAUGGACGUGACCUGAUAGUAAAACAUCCUCCUGGAGAGGUUGUGAAACCAGGAACCAUUAAGGGAAUUCAGGGCGAAGGAAUGCCUAUUUAUAGGGAUCCGUUUGAGAAAGGAAAUCUGUACGUUAAACUUGAUGUUGAAUUUCCCCCGGAUCAUUUUGCAGAAGUAGAAAAACUUAAGCUGCUGGAGAAGCUGCUGCCAAAAAGGCCACUUUGCAAGAUUCCUCAAGGUGAGCAUGUGGAAGAAGUGGAUCUACAUGACUAUGAUCCUAACACUAGUAGAAGCCAGGGUGCUGGGAGAUUCUCAGAAGCUUAUGAAUCAGAUGAUGAUGCUGGAGUACACAUGGGCCCUGGAGUUCAAUGUGCACAACAGUAGAAUUCUUAUGAACUUUAAUUCUUGGAUAAAAAUAAUUUGUAACAUUUUUUUUUUUUUUUUGACUAAGUAACAAUCAAGAUAUAAACUUUGUUUUUUAAUAUUUGAAAGAAUUGGUUUGAAGAAGUGGAGUCAAAAAUAAAAAAAAGACUUCUGUUGAUUGAGUAAUAUGUAUGGUGAAUUUGUCAGACCUUCCUGUAUAUGUUAGCCUUUUUUAUCGAGAUUUAUGUGGGCCCUGUAUAGACCUUAUACUUAUGGAAUAUAUAUAUAUAUUUCCAUUAUGUAGAUUUCCAAUCACUGGAAUGAAUCUUAGUCAAUAAAUUUUGUUCUUAAUUAAUACA